AUGAUUGACAAACACAAUGUUCUUGCUCAAUCAUUCAGAAGAGUAAGAGAUUUUAUACAUGAUGAUGACCGUUUAGAUUUUGGAUUGAGGUUAUUUAGACAUCGCUUUAAGGAUCCUAGAGUAUACAAUACGCCAAUAGUAGAUGAAGUCGCAGCAUUGAUAGUUGGUGAUUUGAGCACCUUAGAUGUAGGAAGAGACAUCAUUGUCAAGAAAGUUUGUGGUCAGUUGACGAGACUACAUGAAACUCAUACAUGUUUCAUUCCUCUGCAAUAUCCUUUGAUUUUUUCAUAUGGAGAGGAUGGUUAUCAAGAGGAUAUUCCAAUUAGAGAUUGUCAAAGAUAUGGUCAAAGUAUAAAGAGAAUUCAGAUUUCUUUACGAGAAUUCAUUGCUUUCAGAAUACAAGAUAGAAAGAUUGAAUUUGGUAAAGUUGUACACUCACGUAGAUUGUUUCAACAAUUUUUAGUGGAUACCUACAUAAUGAUUGAAGCCCAAAGGUUGUCUUUUAUUAGAAAUAAUCAAAAACUCAUUUGUUCCGAUAUUCUAAAUGGGUUACAAGAAGUUGUUAACAAAGGUGAAACUCAUCCUUCUUCCAUUGGAAAGCAUGUAGUUUUGCCAGCUUCAUUUAUAGGCGGCAUGAGAUACAUGUUCAAUAAUUGCCAAGAUGCUAUGGCCAUUUGUAAGAGGUAUGACUAUCCAGAUUUGUUUAUAACAAUCACAUGUAAUGUCAAUUGGCCUGAAAUUCUUGAUUUUGUAAAAUCAAGAGGUUUAACUGCUUCAGAUAGGCCAGACAUUGUUUGCAGAGUUUUUAAAAUGAAAUUAGACCAAAUGAUGACUAAUUUUAAGAAGAAUAAUUUCUUUGGCAAAGUCAAUGCAGUUGAAUUUCAAAAGAGAGGUCUGCCACAUGCUCAUAUAUUAUUAUGGUUGAGUGACUCAAACAAGUUAGAAAAUGCAAAGCACAUAAAUGAAGUAAUCUCUGCUGAACUUCCUCAUCCAGAUCUGUAUCCAAAACUUUCAAAGGCUGUUAAAACAUAUAUGAUACAUGGUCCGUGCGGAGCUGCUAGAUUCAACUCACCAUGCAUGAAAGAAGGUCGGUGUUCUAAAUUUUUUCCUAAAAAAUUUAGACAUAAAACUACAAUUGAUGAGGAUGGAUAUCCUGUAUAUAGGCGUAGCGAUGAUGGUUUAUUUGUGUUGAAAAAUGGACAUAAAUUAGGUAAUGGAAAUGUUGUGCCUUAUAGUCAUCUUCUCUUAACGCGAUAUCAAGCUCAUGUUAAUAUAGAAUAUUGUAACAAAUCAAACUCAAUCAAGUAUUUGUUCAAAUAUGUCAACAAAUGUCCUGAUAGAGCCACAAUGAAAAUUACAGACAAAAAGAAUGAUUCUACAGAAAUGCAUAUUGUUGAUGAGAUUAAAAGAUAUUAUGAUUGUAGAUAUUUAUCUCCAUGUGAAGCAGUUUGGAGAAUUUAUGGAUUUGAUAUCCAUCAUAGAUGGCCUGCUGUUCAGCGUUUAACUUUUCACCUACAAGAUCAACAAACAAUUUUGUUUAAAGAUAAUGAUAGAAUUGAUGAUGUAUUGGAAAGGAAUGACAACAUCAAUACCAUGUUUCUAGCUUGGUUUGAAGCUAACAAAAGAUAUGAGAAAGGAAGGAACUUGACCUAUGCUGAAUUUCCAACAAAGUUUGUUUGUAUGUCUCAACAAAGGCAAUGGAAACCAAGAAAGCAGGGUUAUAGUAUUGGAAAACUGACAUAUGUUCCUCCAGGAUUGGGUGAAUGCUAUUACAUGAGAAUCUUACUGACAAAACAAAAAGGUUCUAUUAAUCAUGAUAGUAUAAAGAUAAUUAAUGGUAAAACAUUCUCUACAUACCAAGAGGCUUGCCAGGAAUUGGGAUUAUUAGCAGAUGACAAAGAAUUCAUUGAUGUUAUUAAAGAGGCUAGUCAUCUUGCAUCUGGAAAUCAACUUAGAAGGUUAUUUAUUUCUUUGUUAAUCAUGAAUACAAUGUCAAAGCCAAAAGUUGUUUGGGAUGCAACUUGGAAUUUAUACGCAGAUGGUUUUCAAAUGGAAGAACAUGAUUUACACAAUUUGUGUCUCCUAGAAGUAGAAGAACUUUUAAAUUCCAAUGGGCGAUCUUUAACAGAUUAUAGUUCCUUUCCUCAACCUGAUCUUUUUAAUUCAUUCAAAUUUAAUAACAGGUUCAUUAUUGAUGAACUAAAUUAUGAUAAAGAAGAAAUGGAGAAGCUACAUCACUCUCUAUUGUAG